AUGUCAUACAAUACUGUUGCUCCGUACACGCUUUCUCCUGAUGGCACCCAUUACAUUCUCGACCGUCCGAUCGAGAAGUCGGAUUCGGAUGACCGAGACUAUAGGAUGAUUAAGUUGAAAAAUGAUUUGGAGGCAUUGAUUAUACAUGAUAUUGAGACAGAUAAAGCUAGUGCUGCUCUGGAUGUGCAUGUUGGGUCCAUGAGUGAUCCGAUUAAUCUGCUAGGGUUAGCUCAUUUCUGUGAGCAUUUGUUAUUUAUGGGGACAGAGAAGUAUCCCAAAGAGAACGACUAUAAAGAGUACUUAUCUAAACACUCAGGACACUCUAAUGCAUAUACGAGCCCGGAGCAUACAAAUUAUUUCUUUGAAGUUGGAGAGAAACACUUUGAAGGCGCCUUGGAUCGUCCAUUAUUUGAUCCCAGCUGUACUGAUCGUGAAUUACACGCGGUUGACUCAGAGAACAAGAACAAUCUUCAAAAAGAUGGCAGACGAUUAUUUGAAUUGGAAAAAUCCCUAGGCAACCCAAAUCAUCCGUAUAAUAAAUUCGGAACAGGCAAUUUGAAAACAUUGCGUGAUCAGCCGUUGAAGGAAGGCAUUGAUGUCAGAGAAGAAUUGUUGAAGUUCCAUGAGAGAUAUUAUUCAGCUAAUUUAAUGAAGCUAUGUGUACUUGGAAAAGAACCAUUGGAUGUCUUGGCACGGUGGGUAGUCGAGAAAUUCUCUGCCGUACGCAACAAAUCGCUUCCCAUUCCCGUAGCCGAAGGAAACCUACUAACAGAAAAUGAACUGUUGAGGACUACUUUUGCGAAGCCAGUGAAGGAUAUUCGGGUUUUAAACUUUGUCUUCCCAUUUCCUGAUCCAACUCCUCUCUUCAAAACCAAACCUCAUCAAUACUUAAGCCAUUUGAUCGGACACAAAGGAAAAGGGUCUAUUCUUUCAUUACUUAAAAAGGCAGGCUUGAUAGACGAUAUAGAUGCAGUCGGCUACACUGCUGCAAUCGGAUCUGGGUUUUUUAAGAUCGAGGUCGAUUUGACCGAAGAAGGAUUGAAGCGCUAUGAGGAAAUCGUAAAAGUUGUAUUUCAAUACAUUGACAUGUUGAAAAAAGAAGGUAUCAAAAAAUGGAUUUUUGACGAAAACGCACAACUAUCCGCAAUUCAUUUUCGCUUUAAGGAUAAAUCAACGGCGAGCAAUUACACGUCACAUGUCUCAAAUUCUAUGCAGAGACCAUGCCCUAGGGAAUGGGUCUUGAGUGUAUCGUAUUUGAACCGUGAAUAUGAUCCCGCGCAAAUCGAACAUGCAUUAGAUUGUUUGCGAAAGGAUCGGUUCACGCUCAUGGUGGUUGGAAAGCAAUUGGAAGGCUUGGAUCAGAAAGAGAAGUGGUACGGAACUGAGUAUUCGGUUAAAAAAAUUGGAGAUGGACUACUGAAGGAUCUGGAGAAUUUGCCUGCCAAUAGCGAGUUGAGGUUGCCAGAGCCUAAUGACUUCAUACCUGCGAACUUCGACGUGCAUAAGCAAACUAACGUAACGCCACUUAAACGCCCGACUCUUAUUAAGAAUACACAACUAACCCGUAUAUGGCACAAGAAAGACGAUACGUUUUGGGUUCCCAAAGCGAACUUGUAUUUUUUCUUUAAAAGUCCAUUAGCUUACGUAACGCCUCUCCAUUGUGUAAAGACACGUCUUUACGUUGAAUUAGUCAUUGAUGCAUUAACUGAAUAUUCUCAUGCAGCGGAGGUUGCGGGACUGUGGUAUUCUGUCUGGAAUGAAACCGAAGGAUUUUCUAUAAUGGUCCAAGGAUUUAACGACAAAGUUCAUGUUCUAUUAGAAACAAUAGUAACAUUAAUGAAAAACUUUAAAGUGGAUUCUCAACGUUUUCAGUUGGUUAAGGAGCAACUUCAACGUGAUUAUUAUAACUCUUUACUAACAGAACCUUAUAAUAGUGCGAUCUAUUAUCAUACGUAUUUAACACAAGAAGUAAUGUGGACUAGUGAAGAGAAGUUAGAAGUUUUAAAAUUUGUUACAGCUGAAGAUAUCCAAUCAUUUUACCCCCAACUACUUAGCAACCUCCAUGUUGAAGCCAUGGUUCAUGGGAACAUGUCGAAAGAUCAGGCAUUACGAGUGACUAAACUGGUUGAAGACAUUUUAUUACCGAAACCAUUAAUUACAUCACAGUUGACGCGACACCGUUCACUUUUGUUGCCCGAAAAUGAGCAGCUUGUUCAUCGGCGUCAAGUCUUCGAUGAGAAAAAUGUUAAUUCAGCCAUUGAAUACUAUAUAGAGGUGGGAAAUCUUUUAGAUAAGUGGACUAGAGUGAGAUUAAGUUUACUAGCUCAUAUUGCGCGAGAACCAUGCUUUAAUCAGCUGAGGACUAAAGAGCAGUUAGGAUAUAUAGUCUUUAGUGGAGUCCGUGAGCACGCAGGCAUAAUAGGCCUGUGCUUUAUUGUUCAGGGUAUAAAAGAUACAGUGUAUCUGGAGAACAGAACAGAGGCAUUCCUGUUGAAACUUCAAUCUGUGAUUGAAGAUAUGUCAGAGGAAGAAUAUCAGAAACGAAUCCAAUCAUUAAUAACAACGAAACUUGAGAAAGAUAAGAAUUUACGCCAAGAGAGCCAUCGAUACUGGCAGAUAAUUCGUUCAGGAUAUUAUGACUUCGACCGAGUCGACCAAGACGUUGCAGAGCUCCCAACUGUUACCAAGUCAUCUCUUCUUACAUUCUUCAAGGAAGUCGUACAUCCAUCUUCCAAGACAAGGAAACUUUCUAUUCAUCUAUACUCACAGAACCCUCCGCCGCCACCCAAGACACAGGAUCUAUUUAAUUGCCUUCAGUCACACCCCUUAACAUCUGAUAUUGACAUGCAGGAUCUGCAUAAUUAUUUAGAAGUCAAAAGUUUUGGUUCACUUGAUAGUUCUGAGACGGAAGAGAUACUGAGAAAGUUCCUUGUUGAACGGGUUAAAGCAGAUGAGACUGAGAUGGAGGAGUUGGUAGAGAGUGUUAGCAAGGCCUUCUUUGCGGCGAAUAACAGUACAGAUAAUAAGAGUAAAAAGACCGUAAAUGGAGUCGCUGAGGACGACAAAGAUAGUAGUGAGAAAGAAAGGGACGAUACAAUAUUGUCAAAGAGAAAUACGAUUAUUGAUGAUUUGAUUUUGUUCAAGAGUAAGAUGCUAUUGGGUCCAGCUCCAGCACCAGUUGUCCCAUUUGAAAUUUUGAGAAGUCGUGAAGAUGGGAGUAAAUUGUGA